GUCAUCUUCGCCAAAUCCUGACUUCCUGGUCUUUCGUUCCUCCGUCGGGCCAUCGGCGCAAUUCCAGUCAUCGCCUACCUCACAUGCGUUUCCUCCGAGGCGGCCCCAGAGACGAGCAAACCCACAUAUAAUUAGCAAGGCCCGCCACCGGGGAGGAAUGCUUUUAACUACGGAUUCUCUGCGUCUUCCCCCUUGAAAUUCUGAGUUUCGUCCUGAACCUUCAUUUCCCUCUCUUAUUGUCCGGCUGGUUGCUCAUUCCCCACUGUAACCAUGUUGGCUCCCGUGGUGGUCUUCGGUGGCGCCUUGUACGUGACCUUCCUGGUCCUACAGUACAUUCAACAACUAUACAAGCAUCGCAAACAGGCGCAAUCCUUACGAUGUCAACCCGCUGCCCCAGGCUCUCCCGGUCUCUUCGGAUUCCGGACCUUUUACCGACUGUCCCGCGCAGUCAAGGAAAAGCGAUGGGUCGAAUAUCUGGCUAACCAGUACGACCUAUAUGGGAACACUUUCACCCAGAUAGUAAUGGGCCGAAGAAUGAUUUCCACCAUUGACCCAGAAAACAUCAAAGCUUUGUUGGCGACUCAAUUCACCGACUUCAGUUUGGGGACCCGACAUCGCGAAUUUUAUCCCUUGCUUGGCGACGGCAUUUUCACCCUCGACGGGGCCGGCUGGUCUCAUGCGCGCGGGCUCUUGCGGCCUCAAUUCACGAGAGACCAGGUAGCAGACCUGGACCUCAUGGAUGGUCACGUCUCCCGCAUGAUUGAUCUCAUCCCGAAAGAUGGCUCGAGCUUUGAUAUCCAGCGCCUUUUCUUCCUUCUGACCAUCGACUCCGCGACACACUUCCUUUUCGGCGAGUCUGUGGGCUCGAUGCACUCUUCCGCCGAUACGGGUCUUUUGGAGAAGUCAUCGGUUGGCAAUGCGCAGGGCUUUGCGGAGGCGUUCAACACGGCCCAAGAUUAUCUCGCGUCACGAUCCCGAGCGGUGAGCUUCUACUGGAUGGUGAAUCCGAAAGAAUUCCAGGACGCCACCAAGCGCGUACACGAGGUGGUAGACCAUUACGUGCAUCUCGCGAUCGAAUCUAGGAAACACCCUGAAAAGAAGGAGCCGGGAAGAUACAUCUUCGCCGAGGCCCUGGCCGCAGACAACGACGAUCCCAAGGUUCUUCGUGACAACAUGCUUAAUAUCCUUCUAGCCGGCCGUGAUACCACGGCAAGUCUGCUCAGUUCAGCCUUUUUCUUUCUAUCACGCAACCCCGCCGUUUGGGAAAAGCUUCGAGGGUUAAUUGUGGAGGAAUUUGGAGAUGCUGAACACCCAAAGGGAGAUAUCACCCAGACUAAGCUGAAGGACAUCCCGUACCUACGAUACGUCCUGAACGAAGUCCUUCGAUUGAUGCCACCUGUGCCUCUGAAUUUCCGUGUCGCUACGAAAGAUACCUCUCUUCCUGUGGGAGGUGGACCGGAUCGCAAAUCGCCAAUCUACGUCGAAAAAGGCAUGAUUGUUGCUUACAGCGUUUACGCGAUGCAUCGACGGACGGACUUCUACGGUCCUGAUGCGCGUGUCUUUCGUCCAGAACGUUGGCAGGAAAACGCACGCCGCGGCUGGGACUAUCUUCCAUUUAACGGCGGGCCUCGCAUCUGCCUUGGUCAGCAAUAUGCCCUUACCGAAGCCAGCUAUACUUUGGUGAAGCUAGCCCAGAAAUUCCGAGUCGUCGAAUGCGGCGAUCCGGAAAUCCAGGUGCCCAAGAUUCAUUCGACUCUUACCAUGUCACAUGACCGAGGAGUGAAAGUCCGACUAUCUAAUUAAUAUGGGUUCAAUGAUAGCGCCUAGUUGCAAAUUGCUUGUGGUUUCAUUACUAGCGGCUUCUAUGAGAAAUACAUAAAAAGUUAAAGCAUGCCAGACUAUUAAGUAGUACCAUUGUAG